UUGUUGAAGAAAUGGUCAGAAAAAAGAAGAGUUUCUUUAACCCAUUAUGAAUGCUGGGUCAACACACUUCAGUUCAGUUCCAUAACGACAAAAAAUUUAGGUGCAUUCAAGCCCCAGGUGAAUGAAAUUGAAAUUCAGUUGUUGCCAGAAAAUCUUCAUCGACAGAUUUUCCCCAACAUAAAUUCCACAGAGGGAGAAACCUCCAAUGAUUUGGAUGAGAUCAAGAAAAAUCUGUUGAAGCAUGGUUUGUGGGGUAAAGAGACAGCAGUGUUGGAUGAGGUUAAGGUGGAACUCCCCCCACUUCAUGGGAAGUCAGUCACGGAACACUUCUACAACAUUGCUAACCAUCAGCUGGAUGGCUACGUACAGCUCACAAAAGAGUUAAUGUGGGAACCAGUUCCAGCCAAACCAAAGAAAUGGUCCCAGAGGGCAGGCUGGACAAAGUAUGAUGCUGAGUCAGGGAAGGGCACCCCAGUGGAAUAUCCAGAGGAGGACAUCUUGGUGUUUGACGUUGAGAUCUUGGUACAGGAGGGACAUUAUCCAACCCUGGCAACAGCUCUCUCCCCAACAAACUGGUAUUCGUGGUGCUCAGAGGCAGUAGUGAAAGAUAAAUUCCGAUGGACUAAAAAUCCACAGGCCUGUGACCUGAUUCCAUUAGAGUCAGCAUCCCAGAGUCACAGUUCAAAUGUAGAAGGAAGUAGAAAGAAGGUAGUGAUUGGUCAUAAUGUAGGCUUCGACAGAUCAUUCAUCAAGGAGCAGUAUUAUAUAAAGAAAUCUCGAUUACGUUUUUUGGACACCAUGUCCCUUCACAUUGCUGUGUGUGGUAUGACCAGCUUCCAACAAGUUCUGUUCCAGUCCAGCAAGAAGGCAACAAAUAGAAAGGAUGUCAGAGAGUACAUAGAGAUGAAGCACUCCAGGAGGGAAAUGGUCGAUAAUACUUGGACCAGUGAGAGCACUAUGAAUAAUCUGAAUGAUGUAUACCAGCACCACUGCGGGGGGGGAUCUCUGAAGAAAGCCACCAGGGACGUGUUCGUGAAGGGUAACAUGGCAGACGUCAGGGAAAUGUUCCAGGAACUGUGUUCAUAUUGUGCUGGUGACGUGGAAGCAACUCUACAUGUUUUUAGAAAAGUCUGGCCACAAUUUCUUGAGCGAUUUCCAAACCCAGUGACUCUAUCAGGAAUGAUGGAGAUGGGAACAGCCUACUUACCUAUCAAUCAAAACUGGGAGAGGUAUAUUAACCAAUCAGAUGCUGUGUAUGAUGACCUUCAGAACGAACUUUCUCGACUGCUCCAAAAGCUAGCAAACGAGGCCUGUGAAUUAUUACAUGACAACAGAUAUGAAGAUGACCUUUGGCUAUGGGAUCUAGACUGGACUGUUAAUGAAUAUAAGCUAAACAAACCAAAAAAGAAGCCAAAGGAUACCAAUAAGGAUAAAACACCAGAACAAGUGCUUGAAGAAAUCCUGGGAACAAAAGAUAGAAUACCCAAGGUUGGCCGUCACAUGAUUGGAUAUCCUGCUUGGUACAGAGAGUUAUGCCCCAGGAAGACUGCUAAUGACUGGAAGCCAGGUCCCUCUCUUAUCACCACUUCAAGACGUAUCACCCCUAAGCUCCUAAGAAUGACCUACAAGGGCUACCCCCUUCAUUAUGAUUCAAAAUAUGGCUGGGGAUUUUUAAUCCCUGACAAACACAAGGCUGCAGCUGAUAGACAGAAGUUAGCCAUGGCUGAAGGGCACAUGUCAAAUUUCCCCAUCAUGAACUUGUUCAAGAUGUGUAAGGAACCAGUGUCAGAAGAGUUGCUUGUCCCGAUGACUGACAAUGAAAUGGAGAAGAUGUUAAACACGGCAAAAAAUGACAUGGAGUGGAAUGAACGAGCUAAACAUCUGGAUGAGGCCGGCAUCAAAAAACAGGCCAAGAAAAAAGAUGACAUUCUAGAGGUAAAAGAAACAAAGUAUGAUAUUGGGAUUCCAGGCUGUUGGUUCCAAAAAUUGCCUCACAAGGACGGUAAAGGCAGCAAUGUGGGUAACCCCCUGUCUAAGGACUUCCUUCCUCUGAUAGAGACAGGUGUCCUCAAGUCCCUCCUAGUGACGGCAGAGACCGUGCUGAAACUGACCAAGAUGUGCUCCUACUGGCAGAAAAACAAAGACCGAAUCGCGGGACAGAUGGCAGUAAUACUGAAUGAAGAAGAUCUACCAGACACUAUUACAAGAGACCCGAGUUAUGAUGUUAAUGAUUCGUAUGGAGCCAUCAUUCCCCGGGUUAUUCCUGCUGGAACCAUCACAAGGAGAGCUGUGGAGAAGACAUGGAUGACAGCCAGCAAUGCUUAUGUUGACAGGGUGGGCAGUGAAAUGAAGUCGAUGAUCCAGUCUCCCCCAGGGUACCAUUUUGUGGGGGCUGAUGUGGACUCCCAGGAACUGUGGAUUGCAGCCAUUAUUGGUGACUCCAAAUACAAGAUACAUGGUUCUACCCCAUUUGGUUGGAUGACACUACAAGGAAAUAAAAAUGACAAAACAGACUUACACAGUAAAACAGCAGAGACAGCUGGAAUCACCAGAGAUCAUGCUAAGAUAUUAAACUAUGGUCGUAUAUAUGGGGCUGGACAGAAGUUUGCAGAGACUCUGCUGAUGAAUUUUAAUCACAAUCUGACCCCAAUAGAAGCUGCUGCUAAAGCCAAGAAACUGUACGAAACAACCAAAGGAAGAAGGAAACGAGAUCUGAGGCAGUGGGAAGGAGGGACAGAGAGUGUGAUGUUCAACAUGUUGGAAUCAAUAGCCAAGUCCCCCUCUCCAAAGACACCUGUACUGAGUGCCUCUAUCAGUAAAGUGUUAGAACCAGAGGUCAUAGGAGAUGAAUUCAUGACAAGUCGUAUUAACUGGGUAGUACAGAGUUCGGCUGUGGAUUACCUGCACCUUAUGUUGGUGUGUAUGAACUGGCUCUGUAGUCAGUAUGAUAUAGAUGCCCGGUUCAGCAUCAGUAUCCAUGAUGAGGUCCGGUACCUAGUGUCCAGUAAGGACCGGUACAGGGCAGUCCUAGCCCUACACAUCACUAACCUCCUAACCAGGUGUAUGUUUGCUCACGCUCUAGGAAUGAACAAUUUACCUCAGUCGGUGGCCUUCUUUAGUAAAGUGGAUAUAGACCAGUGCUUAAGGAAGGAAGUAAACCUGGAGUGUCGAACCCCUUCUAACCCUAGUGGUAUGGAGAGGGCCUACAAUAUCCCCAUGGGUGAAGGACUGGAUAUCUACCAAACCCUAGAAAUCACUAAAGGAUUACUUAAUUCUACGGCGGAGUCAAAUAAUGUAAAGACUGAACUUGCUCUGUGAAAAGAUUGAGAAUCAGAGUUUACUUUGUGCAUUUGCAAGCAUUUAGUAGGUUGUAGAACAGAUUUUAAAUGACAAAAACGUAAUUGUCCUUCAUUAUUUGUAUUUUUAUAGGUAAAACUUUAUUUAGAACGUUAUUUUUUAGGAAAGUUAAACAUUUUUGGGGUUUUUCCUUGAGCUUGGCUUUAUCAUUAAAAUCCAUUUACACCGGUUACAGUGUUUGGUUGGAUAGAUUCCAGUUUUUUGUCUUAUAUAUAUGAUUAUUUUCUU